GGGGCAGACAGGCGGCGCGGCCGUGACUGGUCCUGCCUGCUGCUGCCGCCGCUGGCCGUGCGGACGCCGAGCAUCGUGCACGGGCCGGGCAGGUGAAGCCAUGACGUCGGUCAGUGAAAAUAUUCUCUUUGGCAUGGGAAACCCUCUUCUUGACAUUACUGCUAUAGUAGACAAGGAUUUCCUCGACAAGUAUUCCCUUAAACCAAAUGACCAGAUAUUGGCUGAAGAUAAACACAAAGAACUGUUUGAUGAAAUUGUAAAAAAAUUCAAAGUCGAAUAUCAUGCUGGUGGCUCUACCCAGAAUUCAAUUAAAGUGGCCCAGUGGAUGAUUCAGAAGCCACACAAAGCUGCCACCUUUUUUGGCUGCAUCGGGAUGGAUAAAUUCGGGGAAAUCCUGAAGAAGAAGGCAGCUGAGGCACAUGUGGACGCACAUUACUACGAGCAGAAUGAGCAGCCCACAGGGACAUGCGCUGCCUGCAUCACCGGCGGAAACAGGUCCCUUGUGGCUAAUCUUGCGGCUGCAAAUUGUUAUAAAAAGGAAAAACAUCUCGAUGUGGAGAAAAACUGGAUGCUGGUAGAAAAAGCAAGAGUUUAUUAUAUUGCGGGUUUUUUUCUUACGGUUUCUCCAGAGUCUGUGUUGAAGGUAGCUCACCAUGCAUCUGAAAAGAACAGAAUUUUCACUAUGAAUUUGUCAGCACCAUUUAUUAGCCAGUUCUACAAGGAACCCCUGAUGAAAGUUUUGCCUUAUGUUGACAUCCUUUUUGGAAAUGAGACUGAAGCUGCCACUUUUGCUCGAGAACAAGGCUUUGAGACUGAAGACAUAAAAGAGAUCGCUAAAAAGGCACAAGCUCUGCCCAAACUGAACUCGAAGAGGCAACGGAUUGUGGUUUUCACUCAAGGGAAAGAUGAAACCAUCAUGGCCACAGAUAAAGAAGUCACCACUUUUACUGUCUUGGAUCAGGACCAGAAAGACAUCGUUGAUACCAAUGGAGCUGGAGACGCAUUUGUCGGAGGUUUCCUGUCCCAACUGGUAUCUGACAAACCCCUGACUGAGUGCAUCCGCGCCGGUCACUAUGCUGCAAGUGUGAUCAUUAAGAGAACUGGCUGCACUUUUCCUGAGAAGCCGGACUUCCACUGACAGGCCAGCAGGCAACCAAACGAAGAGGACACAUGGACACAGCCCUGAUGGCGUCUCCACAACUCUACUAUAAAACCCAGAAGAGAAUUGUCGAUCAUUUGUCUCCUGAUAAUGUCUGUCCUGAAUUUAGGCGGUACAUACAGCAAUGCGCA